AUGAAGUACCUUCUUUCCGCACUCGCUUUAACAGCCACACUAAAUGCUGCCGUGCUCCCAAGACAAGUAAUCCCAUGUACAUUCUACAUGUCCGCCGUCGGCGACCCAACCGAUCCAACUGGUUCCAUUGUCGAAACCACCAUAGGAGAAAAUCGAAUUGGUGGAUCCUGGCCUCAAGGUGUCUAUAGCAUUGAUGCUAAAGUACUCACCGAUGCUGAAGGUCACAAUUGCAGUAUUUCCUCUACCACCGCCCAAUUCCAAUGUAUCCAAGGCUCCGCGGUUACAUUGUUUACAUUGGGUAAUAAUGGAAAUUUACUCUACAAUGACACGAAUGAGGAUUGGCUAGCAUGUCCAGCUACGGGUCCGGGUGAAGAUGGAAGUUAUAAUAUUUUUACCCAAGCAAAAACCAACACGACAGGAUGCGAAACUAUUCAAAUAGUUACUGGAGGAUUUAGUUGUGCGGCUUUGGGAAGACCAACAAGUAGUUCUACCACUUCAAUCGCGUCUGCUACUUCUUCUGCUUCGUCGACGAUUCCUGUAGCUACAUCAACCACCUCUGCUGCUACUUCAUGCCCAACCGAUAUCACCUCAGGGCCCUUCGAAUAUCCACAUCUUAUAGUACCGGUCUCCCCUGAAUCUCCAGACCACGCAUUCGGUAAUCAAUUCACUGCCCAUAUCACCCCUCAAAACAGCACCAUCUUUAACUUCGACGUACCAUCCAAAGCCCCUUACACUGGUAUCUGUGCCCUUCUCUUCCUUCUACCCGUCGCAUCCAAUACCCAAGCUGGCACAUACAAUUUCACCGGUAUUGAAGAAGAAACCGAGGAAAAUGGAGGUAUUGAUUUUUCACUAUUGAAUGGUAUUUCCAAUUCCGAUACGACUUAUAAUACUCAACCAGCAGUCGCGACAGAUUUUGGAAAGGUACAAGUUAUUCCAGGAAAUGCAUACACGGUUGCUACAUUUGCGUGUCCGACUGGGAAAACGGUUAGUUAUGCCGCGAAGAGUGCAGGAGGUGUGGGAUUGGAGUAUUUUGAAAAUAGUGCCGCGAGUGCUAUUGGCCUUUAUAUGGUACCUUGUUCUUAG